CCGCUCAUUUUCUCGACUGCUUAAACCAACCACCACCAGUCUCUUCAUCUUCUACACAGUAACCCUAGCUAGCCAUGACACAGGAUGCUAAAAUCCUUCAUCUUCUUCUUCUAAUCGGAUACUCUCUUCUCAUAUCUUUCAUUUCUCCAUCUGAUUCAUCGCUCGAGUACGACUAUUAUCGCGAAUCAUGUCCUCAAGCGCAACAAGUUAUCAGAUCGACGUUACGCCGGAUCUACGACCGGAAUUCGACCGUCGCUCCUGCUAUUCUUCGUCUCGUUUUUCACGAUUGUUUUGUACAGGGAUGUGAUGCGUCGGUGCUUUUGGAUCGUACUGUCUUUAUGGGGAGUGAGAAAGACACUCUACCAAAUCAGUCUUUGAGGGGAUUUGAUCACAUUGACAUUAUCAAGUCCGAAUUGGAAAACGUUUGCCCUGGUGUGGUUUCUUGUGCUGAUCUUCUUGUGGUGGCUGCUCGUGAGAGCGUGGUUUUGGCUGGUGGACCAUUUUAUCCUGUACACACCGGUAGGAAAGACAGUGAUCACUCUUUCCCUGAAAUUUCAUAUGAGCUUCCUAGCCCCUUAGAUGAUCUUCCUACAACCAUUGCGAGAUUUGCGUCAAGGGGAUUUACUGUAAAAGAAACAGUCACUCUUUUAGGUGCCCAUAGUACUGGAAUGAUUCACUGCAAGUUCUUUGAAAGACGGCUUUACAAAUUUGGUGGGACUGAUCAGCCAGACCCAUCGUUGGAUCCUGAAUUUGCAGAACUCCUACGAUCCGUAUGCAACAGCACCCAAACCCAAAGCCAAUCUGAGUCUUCUUCAGCAUCACCAUCAGCAUCUCCGUCACCAUCAACAACUUCAACAAAAAGUGAUGAAGAAAGAUCCAUGAAGAUGGACUAUGAAGGAAGAGGAUCAGGAUUUGGGAUUUUGUAUUACCGCGGUCUUUUGCAGGGCAGGGGAAUCCUGUUUGUAGAUCAACAGCUAACAGCUGGGGAGGAAACCGCAAGUUGGGUCAGGCAAUAUGCAUCAGAUGUUUCUAUGUUUCAUAAAGAUUUUGCACAGGUGAUGAUGAAGCUUUCCAGUACCCAAGUGCUGACUGGACUAAGCGGUGAGGUAAGAACAAACUGCAGAGAAGUGAGUUCAUCUUUGUGGUAGGCUGCAUGAUGGUAUCAUCUUUGAAUUUGCUUUUAACAUUGUUUGUUACUUGAUGUAUGUUUGGUCAAAGCUUGUCUGAUUUUUGUGAAUUUGUCAACUAAGAAAACAAUGAUGUCCCAAAAUUUUCAGAUAUACAAAGAAACAAAUAACCUGGGUCUUAACAUA